AUGACCCGCCACCAUCAGCAGGUCCACAACGUACCCGCUUCCCCACAGGCGUGCCGCGUCCCCAGAGUCUAUAGGCCGCCCGGCAUGCGCCAGUCGCUCUCCCUCCCGGGCAACUCGCACGGACGAACGCGCUCCGUAUCCGGGCCAUACUUCCCCGCCAGUCCCUCGCCGCUCUCCUUCUCAUUCCCGCCACAGCCGCCACUGCCGAACAAGCUGUCCAGCUCUUCCACAGCGCCAGAGCUACGGUUAAAGGAGAAUGGCAUGAGCCCCUCACCGUCCAUGUCAUCCCAGGCGCAGGCACAUGCGCGACGGCAUUCGCGUGUGCAUUCACGCAACCUGUCCAUGUUCUUCCCACGCCCGGGGACGUUGCCAUCUACCGCAAUUGCCGAAGAUGGUGGACAGGAGAUCAUCUUCGAUAGCCCACAACCCGAAGGCAUACCCAUGCCGUCUGCUUCGCCAGGUCCUGGGCAUCGGAACUUCCGCGAAGGGUUCACAUUUGGUGCACGUCCGCCAUCCUCGGGGAACUCUGCGCAGUCGAUGACUGCGAAUUCGUCGUCUUCGAGUGCCACCGCGCGUCGGAGGCAUCACCAUAAACACUCCCUCUCGCACAACUUCUUUUCCUUCCUCGAGCCAGGCUCGCAGUCGCCCAACUCGCCCCCCAUGGAUGCCAAUCUCGCCGUUUCCCCAGACCGCCAUGGACGACAGGGACUCGCAGACCGAACAUGCCCGAACAAAUGUGGCCGGCCCGCAGAGCCCGAUUGGGAAAGUGCACGCGACACCGAGCUCGCCCCAGAGGCGAUGGUCAUGGCGGUGACGCAAUUUCUGCUUGGCGUGUCGCUCUGGGUCAUCGCAGAGCAGGUUGCUUGCACAGGUCUGGGUUACUGGAUCGUGUUUGAUGCUUUGGGCGUCGCGCCAUGUGUUGCCUGGAUACCUCGCGAGACCUUCGAUGAAAGCCGAUAUGAGGCGGCCAUUUGGGAAUGCACCGAUAGAGACGAGACCGUCGAACAUUUGCUGCUUGCUUUCGGAGAAGGACAUCAUCACCAUAAUGGCGACGAAGUGACAGAAUUCUUUGGCAUCGAGUUCCCGGUCGUCACGUUAGCACUGACGCUCGUUUCGCUAUUUAUUACCUCUGUUGUCUUCAACAAUCAUUCAAGGCUCGUCAGCACGGCGGGUAACUACAUUCCACCAUUGACAUCGCUCUUGCCGACUCGCUACCGGCAUAUCGUACCACACACCUACCCAACCCGCCUAGCCAACCUACUAUCAAAUCCGUACUCCCUUGCACCCGUCGGGUUCUGCUUGUUCCUGCUCUUUGGCCCUGCGUUCAUACCUCCGUAA